AUGAUAUUAGGGAAAAUAAAUAUAUGCCAUUCGUACAGAUUCCAAAAAUACUCAAGCUUGACCAUAGUAUUUGGUGGGCAAUAUUCGAGCAUAACAGGCUCUGAUCUUUACCCUUAUGCUUGGGUCAAUUUUUACUACUCACUGGGUUGAACUAAAGCCCCAUUUCUUAAAAGGGAGCAUAAUGUAUCUCUUAGAGAAUUCCUCGUAAUUUUAAUUCAAUUUAAAAUAAAACUAAGCAUAUGUCAUUCAUUAAGAUUCCAAAAAUCCUCAAUAUCGAAUGCAGGAUCUGGCAGGCAGUAUUUCGCUCUCUGAAAUAUCUGCUUUUACCCUCAUCUUAGUCUAUUAGUACUACUAGUUGGGUAUAUCUAA